AUGGCUGUUCAGACUGCAAUCAUGAACCCUCAGUUCAUGAAUUUCUGCUUCCCUGGCUCUGUGAUGGAGUACGACGUGGAGAAGAGUCUGGAUGGGAGUCUCCUCGGUGAGGCGGAAAAUGACGAGGACUACAGAGAGACCACCAGGGACUUGCUGAGCUUCAUAGACUCGGCCUCCAGCAACAUCAAGCUGGCUCUGGACAAGCCGGUGAAAUCCAAGAGGAAAGUCAACCACCGGAAGUAUCUGCAGAAGCAGAUCAAAAGGUGCACGGGCAUCAUAACGCCAGGGAACAUAGCAGAGCCCCCGGUCAAAAGACAAGGUUCCCCCGUGGCUCAGCCCUUGCAGAGCAAAACUCCGCCGAAACGCGACGGGGUCCAGGCCAGCUUACAGAGCAAGAGCUUGGCAGCCCUCUUUAGCCCUGUGAAGGAUAUAAGGGGUGAAAAAGCCAAGAAACCACCCCUGAGGCAUCGCAAUCUUCCCCCUUCUUUCUUCACCGAGCCUGCCAACUGUUCCAAAGUCAGCUCCACAUCUGGGAUGACGCUGAAGGACUUGGAGCGAGGCAAUCCUGAGGCCACAGAGUUCUUUGAGCUCUUAGGGCCCGAUUACAGCAACAUGGUCAGCGAACAGGACCUUUAUCAAAGUGUCCGGGUCCAGCCAGAGAUGGGGGGCCCGGAUCCCACUUCUUACGAUGCUCAGCAUUUAGUUGGUGGUCUCCUCUACUCGGAGCCCUGGACUAGCUGCUCAGUACCUUCUAAGAAACUAGGGGAAAGCCUGCGUACAGGUCUGACGCAGCCUCCUGUCUAUUGUCCCCCUGAGGCGGCCUCUGGGUCCAUAGAGGACCACGCACUGUGCACUUUGGCCUUCCCGAACUUCUUCACAGACUGCUCCAUACCUCAGGCCACUUAUGAUUUAAGUGGUGGUUAUAACAGAGGGAAUUAUUCAUCUCUAUGA